AUGCAGUUGGUUGAGGGGCUGCCGACCUACGGAGUUCAUUACUACGAAGUGAAAGAUAAGCAAGGCAUUCCGUGGUGGUUGGGGCUCAGUUUCAAGGGAGUAUGCCAGUACGACCAGGUCGAUAAAGUCACUCCGAGAAAGAUCUUCCAGUGGAGGCAGUUACAGAACAUUUACUACAGGGACAGGAAGUUCUCAAUAGAAGUCACUGACCCAAGAAGAGUGGUGCAUACGCUGAGCAGUUUCAACCUUUAUCGCGACGCGCUGGAAGAACCGGAAGAAUGUUUUGACGAUCUCUCGGACGCUAUUUCUGAUCCCACAACUCAAGUAUCAGUUAGUAGACGGACGUUCGGUGUGAGUAACGCCACAGUCCACGCCUGGUACGGACACCCGACCCUCAUUCGUUCUAUGUGGACCAUGGCGGUCAACCAGCAUCAGUUCUACUUAGAUCGCAAGCACAACAAGGAUCGCUAUGCGUCCAUGCAGCGUAGCUUCACCCAGAUCGCCAAUGACCUCACCAAGAGUACAAACUCCUUGACGUCUUCUCAAACCUCGGAGGUCAGCAGCGACCCAGGUCAGCCCCAGCAGACACCUGGCAAGACGGUGGACGAUGAGUCUUCGGAGAUUAACGCCGUCAAAGAGAAGGAGAAGGAAAAUACCUCCAGAGAGCUGUUAGCCAUAGAGGGAGAGGCAGCCAAGAAGGAGAUUGUGGUGGCGCUAAAGGCAAGAAAAUCCGUUCUGGAAGACAGGCUUCGAGAGAAACUGGAGGAACUCAAGAAGAUAUGCGUCAAUGAAGCAGAGCUGACAGGUGAACUGCCCCUGGAGUACCCACGCCGGCCUGGUGAACAGCUGCCUCGGAUCAAGAAGCGUGUAGCCACUGCCUUCACUCUCUCUGCCAAGGUCGUCAACGCUGGGGACAAAUCAGGCUCACAGGAGACCCAGAAUCUGAAUCAACUGGAGAGUGAGAUGGAGAUCCAAUCUAAGAUCACUAUCGCUGCCAGGAAACUAGCCGAUGAUCCAACCAUCAGCAAGAAGGUCCGCAAGACAAGGAGAGAGUCUUACAAACGCUCUGCGAAAAAGUUGGACUCCAUUGAGAAAAAGCUGGUUGAUAUGAAGCAGAGUUUAGGCCUCUUACCUCAGGACCAAACACCAAUUGAUGAUAGAGUCCAUCAGUCAAACACAUUACCAAGGAAAAAGAGCGUACCUGCUACCCCUCCAUUGCUACGUCCAUUCACCAUCGGGGAUCGCGGUCGCAGCAAGAAGAAAGAAGACAAGUCGAGUCGUUUGCGGUCCAAGAGCGUUCCGAGGCAGUUGUUCGAGAACGCCUGGAGAUCGCCUUCCCUGGGCAGGAGGAAGGACAAGAUCCUGCCCCGCCCCACGACACCCAUUGAAAUUUACAAUGACAAUGAGAAUGGAAACGUGUUGAAUCCUGAGAAUGGACAUAGGGUGCAUCAGAACCAUAGUCAGCAUCCUCAGUCCCAUCAACAGUCUCGGACUGUUUAUUAUGAAACGUCCCUGCAGUCGAUGGCCACUUUGGACAUCAACCAUCAUAGUGACUCGGGAUCUUUCCGAGAUGAUAGUAGCACGUACUCGGACGGCAGCACCCGUAGCCAGCCGGAGGGUUACAUGACCCAUCCCAGGACUAGUGUAGACCAUGGCAGUCGGUUGGCCCAAAAUAGACAAUCAAAUUUCUCAUCAUCGAUGGGGGACGUGACUGCAGCAGUACCACCUGUUAAAUCUCAUCAAAGUAGUAGGACAUCGCCUCGCAGAGGCAAGCCCCCGAUACAAAAGCGAAUAGACAGGGGGCCACCGCCGCCUUACAAUUCCCCAGGAAAGAUGAGGUCAUAUUCGCAGUCUGGACGAUAUUAUGAAUCUCCUGAGGACACGUUAGGACGUGCGGACAUUGACGCACCAAAGUUGCGACAGCAUGCGUCAUCCAUGCAUGAUUUACAGUAUGCCUUACAGGGAAACAACCUGCCUCCAGUGAGCGAUGAUGAUUUGGAAUAUCACCAGCAGCCAACGUCUCUCAGUCAACCCCCUUCUCCUAAGAAACAUGCCUCGUUGGGUAAUUUAGCGAUGAAGUCGAAUAGUUUACCCGGCAGUGAUUACGAGGAUCAGCAAUCGGUGAAUUAUGGCUCGCACCGAAGCCAAAAGUAUCGUUCCCAGCAGUACCAGAAAUACUCCGGACAGUCUCAAGACUCAGGGCUUCGUCACAGAGACCCAUCAGGUAGUUAUUAUGCUCAAAAGAACUCCUCAAAUAGGCUGCGUAAUGGUUCUGGUGAUAACCAUCAAGCGUAUAAUCGGAAUUUUGCCAGUCUUGACAGACUCGGCAGAGCGCGUCAGGAUCGCGAACACAGACCAUCGGUCGAUACCACUGACUCUACGUAUUACAGCCUUGAUCGACGAGGCCAUCACUAUAUCGAAGACACCCAGAUAUCUAAUGACUCUAGCUAUGCUAGUUUAGACCGACCCAUGCACAAACCUCCUCUCCCGUCCAACAGCAUAGACGACGUCUCCAUGGCGUCGGCAUCACGACGACGGCACAACUCCUUCUCUUCUCAACGCUCCACCAGCAGCUAUUCAUCCCAAGGAUCCUCCAACCUGUCCAAUCACCAGGGACAGCAUCCCCGCACCCCUCUGCACCAGACAUCCAGCGGGAGCAGUAGACAAUCGGAAUACUCCAUCUACACUUCCCUGGCCUCUCUUUCCCCGUCCAACUCCUUCUCCAGUAACGGAGCCGGUACAUCCUCCCACAACAGCACCUAUAGCGAACCUCAGGCUGCCUCUAUGUACACCACCUCCACACCCGUCCACCUCCAACCCAAGGUCCAACAAACCUACGGGACCAACAUAGCAAUCAGCAAGGCCCAUUACACACCUGCACAACCCAUGACGUGUGAACCGGUAUCAAGAUCAAACAGGCCCUCUCAAACUAGUAACAGCCUUUCUGAGGAUACUGACUCUAGCCUUCAUUCCUUCACUACCACUCUUAUAGAAGGCAGUCCCGUCCCGUCGCUAUGGAUGCAUGAUGACUCCUCCUCACAGUGCCCUACAGAUAGGAACUUACCCCGGUCCUACACCCCCUGUAUAGAAGAUGGUUCUUACCAAGGUGAUGCGGGAGAAUCGUUGGCCGAUGGUUUCAGCGACGAGAUGCUGUCUUGGCUUGAUGAUAAUGAUGGUGCUCAAAAAGAAGGCACCCUAGUAUGAUGUUAUCUUAUGGCUUGACGGAGGUAUCAUCCAGUUAGAUUUAGAUAAGCGAUCAAUGAAUACCAUCAUCCGGUCAAGCCAAGCCACCGUCUUGCCUCAUAUUCUAACAUUCCAUCAUGACGAUUGACAGCUAGCCGUGUCUCCGAGUCGGCAGUGACCGUCUCCAUGGAUUCUCUUAGCACCUGUUACCGUUGCUGCAAUAUGAUUUCCAUAGGAAUCAUCUUCUAUCAUGUGAGGUGCUAUUUAUUUCAGUGUUUCAGCACCAAAGGUACAUUGGGUGAUUUCAAGUGCAGUGUUGAUUGGUGUUAGUUUUAGUGUUAAGAAUGUAAUAUUGAGCUGUUAAGCCCCAACACUGUAUUUAUUUAUAGAAAUGACACCACUGGUGUUGGUUUGUACCAGCUUUCAGCACCGAACUUGAAAUCACCCAUUGUAAUGGAAUAAAGGACUGUAAUGACAUGUUUUAGUGUCAGAGAAAGAAUUUCUAAAUAUUUUCCCUCCUAAUUGUCCACUUUAUAUUAUGAAAAAUGAUGCAUGCGUAUGAGUAUAUUAUGCGAUCUAUCCUCACUCGAGUUGAGGCUCUGCUCAAUCCAUUGCACAAAGUCGUUAGACUGAGUGCAGUAGGUUGAACACAGCCUCAACGCGAGUAGAUAGGUCGCAUAAUGGACGAAUGAAGACAUGCAUCAUUUGGUUUAUACAACAGCUCUUCUAGAUUUUGUAAUUUGACAAAAUAAAAGAAGAAAAAAAAACCCAGAUGAAAUAAGAAUAUAUUUGCCUUUGUCCGGCAACUCAUUUUCUCGUAUAACAUGAUUAUUUUUCCUCAUGUACGAAAGCAAUUGCUUUUAUUCUUUUGUGAUGUGCUUUGAUUCAUGAACCCAAUUGCACAUGGCUGUUAAUAAUUAUUUUUAUUUUUAUUUUCUUACUAUAAUAUAAACAACUCACACAACUACACAAGUGAGUGUUUUUAAUAGUUUUAACUCAUUGUGAAUCUUUUAUUUGUGUAAUAUUUUUAUUUAUUUUUUUAAAGAAUUGGGGACAUGAUUAUUUUCUUUAUUUGAAUGAAUAUGACAAAAAAAAAAUUAUUCACAUCAUCUUUUAAAAUCAUAGACAGGAGAGAAAUGCCAUCUUUCAAUGAAUAUGGCCAAUUUCACCUUUUAACAAAUCAUUUUCAAUAGAGGUUUCCUAUUAAAUUAAAUAUACUUAAACCUUAUGUAAUUGCAGAAAGACAUUUAGUACACCAGAAUUGAAAAAUAAAAUCACUGAUUCGGUUUAUAAUUCAAUUGCAAUACGUCAGCUCAUAGAUUCAUAUUUGGAGCAAUUUGGGUUGAAAAUGUCUCACAAAAUGUGUCAUAAUUUAGGAAGCGAGUACCCAGCCAUUGCAAAAUUUAGUCUCAGAAUAUAGAUUAGAAAGUCAGCAAGUGAUGAAAAAUCUCACAAUGGAAUUAUCAUGGAAAAUGUGGAUACAACCAUUCCCAGCUUUAGGGGGACUGAAAUGGAUCUUUUUCAUUUAAAACAAUUUCACCAACCUGUUAUCUUGAUUUUUUUUUUAAAUAGAGCUGUAUUUCACUUUUCACACUGUUAUAUUGUGUAAAUGUAAGAGCUUGUACAGUGUUUUACAGAGUUAUAUUUAUAUAUGUACAUAGACCACUAGAAAGAACUAUAUGUUUGUGAACAGAACUAAAAAUGCAACUUUUUUGUUGACCAAAAAUAACAUUUGUGAUAUUAAGAUGUUAUAAAAAUGUAUUUUGGAAUUUCUUUUGAGUUUAGUGCAUUUUGUUUCUUCCAUUGGAGAUAGUGCUGUGAAUGACGUAAGGACCUCUUGACCUUACAUUGACCUUCAUCUCCUACAUUGGUUCUAAUAUUUUUUUUCUUCAAAAUUUCAUUUGUUUUCUGCAUCAGCAUCGUUUUCUAAAAAACUUAAUGUACCCUUUUUCUUUGUUUUAGAUUUUAUUUUCUUACAAGUUUCCCUGUUAUAAUACCACAUAUAUUUUCAAAGCUUGUAGAACUUUGCAACGUUUGUUGUGAAAUGUGCUUCUGUCUUCAUUUUUUUUUCUCAAAGAGUUACAGAUGUUAAGGUUUAUGCAACUUCAAUUUAUUAUAAGUGUUCUUGGUUCCAUGUUGUUUUCCAUCAACUGUUCAGCUGCUUUUGUGCCAUAGCAUUUUGUCAGUUUUUCAACUUUUCUUUUUAUACAUUUUAAAUUUUAGCCUGUUUUUUUUUUUAAAGUACACAUUCGAUUGUCAGGAACAAUUGCAUGAAUGUUAUCACCAUAUGAUUUAACCAAGGAGUGUUGAAGGAAAAAAAUUGCAAUUAAUUGCAAAUUAUGAUGCAAAGCUACAACUUAUGUAUUAUUGUAACGAGGGCAAAUUGAUUUUACUGCUUGUUGCACGAAUCUGGCCAACAAUCAAGUGCAAAGCUGCAACGAAUUGCCACUGUAAAGAUUAAUGUCUGGACCCAAAAUUAUCUUAUAAUUGAUUGCAAGUUUCUUGCAAUGCCCCUUUGAUGUUACAGCAUUCUAAAUUGAUUUUGAUUGCUGGUUUGAAUUUCACCCAGAAAUCCCGUAAGGAACACGACUCACUCUGUCGAAAACACAAGAAUUUGUUACAAAUCGGUCACCAAUAAUCUGCUAUUGCCUGCCUGUUGAUUUCUUGCUGGCAUGUUUUAGUCGUGAAUUAUUGCUUUAUUCCUUAAUGUGAAGUGAUGGUUCGAAACACACCUACUAAUGGACAAUUGCCAAAAGCUAGUCGAUUGGAAUCAUGAUGCUUUAUGCGAGUUGUAGGCUUUCUAGAGCCAUCCAGGGGAGAGGUGCAUGAAAGGACUUGUCAGAUGUGUUGUAAAAAAAUCUUUUUUAUACGGCAGUUUCAAUAAUAUAUAGUAACAGUGUUUCCCAUCUAAUCAAAAUCAAGGAAAGUUGUUAGAUGAAAAAAUGUUGAUGAAACUCUCCCCCAGAGUUUAGGGGGUCUGGGCUUGUAUCAUACAAAUAAAGUCAAUUGUGCAAUUAAUCUUACACUUGUUUAAUUAAUUUUUACUGUAAUGGGGCGUUGCAAGAAACUUGCGAUCAAUUGCAAAAUCUAAUUUUGUUCCCGAAAUCAAGCAUAUGUUGUGCAAUUAAUUGCAAAAUUGCGAUUGAUUGCUAAUCUGCUCCAUGAAACAAAGAGUGUAAUCUGAUUUGCUAAAGUUAAAAGUGAUCAAUCAACUGUAAAUUUGCAACAGAAUAUUUGCGAUUGAUUGCAAAUAUUUUCUUGCAACACCCCCUAAGUCUAUGGCAAAGAAUGUAUGAUGGUGGGCCCCAAGUCUGCGCACCUAACAAUUUGAGUUAAGAUUUAACAUGAAUUUCUUUUUAUUUCACAAAAUCUUUCAGUUGAUAAUGUUCCUUAUAUUAUUAAGAGUAAGUGUACCCAAUUUCUCAUUAAAAAAUGAAAGAAAAUAUAGGAUUUUCUUGAAUAAACCUCGGGCAGUCAUUUUCAGAUUGAAAAAAAAUAUAUACCCCAUGUCUGCGCACUCAUUCACUUUGCACAAGAUUCUGGGAUUUUGAUGAGAAAGGCUGCAUUUUGAGGCCGUCACAUAAAAUGCCCUAAAUUCAUUAUUUUCCACAAUUUUGAGACGGAUUUUUUUAUGAAUACCUGUCUAUGUAUUGAAAGUGUAAAGUUCGUGCUCGUUGCGUAUCUUCCUUUACUAGAAUCGCGCAGAUGCGCGUGUGCGCAGAGAAGGGGGACUGCGCAGACUUGGGGGAACUUGCCAUACAAAAAGUUAAAAUCAGUUGUAACUAUUAAUUGUACAUCUUUAUGUCACAGGGCCCAGGGCCCGUAUUCCAUGAACGAGAUAAGCUUUUCGCUUAAGUUUGAGCAAUUUGUCUUA